AAGGGAUUCUGCCGAAAAUGUGUAACUUUGGUUCACCGUGCAUCGUGCACAUGGUUUUUUACUUUUGUUUACAUCCGCAGCUCAACUUCGUAUUCUGCUAAAAUGGACUAUAAAUCGUCGAUUACACCCGGAUUUUGCCCGGAUUGUGGUUCCAUACUGCCGUUGCUACGAAUGACGGGUGGUGUAUCCUGCUACAGUUGCCACAAAGCUUAUGACGAAUCCGUUUACGGUACCAUGGAGGUCAAUUACAAGAUACAUUUCAACUCAUACGAAAGUAGAAAAGCAGAGAAGCAGCAAGGUAGCCAGAAAACCGCCGCUGCAGCAGAAGGUCCUGUCGUAUCGCGCAAGUGUCCUAAAUGUGACAACGAUAAGAUGUCCUAUGCAACCGUGCAGCUGCGAUCGGCGGAUGAAGGGCAAACUGUGUUUUUCACCUGUACCAAAUGCCAAUUUAAGGAAUCCGAAAACUCGUAAAUGGAGGCGCCCAGCAUGUACAAUAGUAGCGAUUGUCAAGGCGAAUUACUCUGGACUUGCGAGCAGGUCUGACGCGAAUUAUGCGUGCGUUUUAUUUAUUUCCAAAUACUGUAAUAAAUAAAAACCCAAACGAUGUUCUGAGAUUUAGAGAGCAAUAUACAAAAAAAACUUUAUGAACACAAAAAUAAAACCUCAUACACAUAUUGA